CUUUUGCAGCGACAGGGGCACAACCAGCCAACCGUCUCUGGUGCUUCCUAAGAGUUACUGCCGGGACAUAUACAUACAUACACCCUCCUAUUUUUGGAUUUGUUGUCAAGUUGUGUUGCUUCCUUUUUUUUUCUCCACUUUUUAACAAAACUGUUAUUCCGUGAAGAAAUCCCCAGCUUUCUCCCGUCGGCUCGAGGACGAGAAGUUAAAGCUUCCUCAGUCCUCAAAUCAUAACAGGUGACUGUUGAGAGAGGGUUUUUUUUUCCUCCACGUUUAUUGCCUCCUUUCUGUCUCUCCACGCUUCUCCUGACGCGUCGGGGAUAUGUGUAGCCGGUUUACACUUGCCUCUGCCGUGUAACUAUUGCGAGCAUCAGAGUCGAGCUUUUUUUGCGUUCCAUCUAAGCUCAUUAUUAUUAUUUUUUUUAGUUUUCCUCCUCCGAGCUGCAGGCUGUGCGUCAAGCGGAACUCGAGCGCUCUCAACAGGUCCCAGCCUCGUCCUCGCUCUGCCUCCAGACAGCGGUGUGUGCCCGGGAUUCUCCUGUUCCUAGUUUGACCGUAUUCUUAUGGAUAUUGCAACAGGUCUGGUGUCACUGGAGCGCCUCUCCACCAGAGAACAGUCCGAGACGUGCAUCAUGCUGGACGGCAUAAAAAUCGAAGACCAUCCCCUGCGAUCGGGACAGGCCACGCUCGGAGUCAUGCUCGGGACUGACUGUCACCAUCCCUCCGUGUGUGAAGGAUGCCAGCGUCCCAUCUCCGACCGCUUCCUGAUGAGAGUCAACGACUCCUCGUGGCACGAGGACUGUUUGCAAUGCACCGUGUGUCAACAGCCCCUCACCACCAGCUGUUACUUCAGAGAAAGGAAACUUUACUGCAAACACGACUACCAACAGUUGUUUGCCACCAAGUGCAGCGGCUGCAUGGAAAAAAUCGCCCCUACAGAGUUUGUGAUGCGCGCCCUGGAGUGCGUCUACCACCUGAACUGCUUCUGCUGCUGCGUGUGCGACCGGCAGCUGAGGAAGGGCGACGAGUUUGUCCUGAAGGAGGGGCAGCUGCUGUGCAAGAUCGACUAUGAGAGGGAGAAGGACUUACUCAGCUCGGUUAGCCCGGAUGACUCAGACUCAGAGAAAAGCGACGAUGAGGAGUUGGAUAUCAAGCCGGAGAAAGGCAUAGGAGGCCAGGGGAAGGGGGAUGAUGGGAAGGAUCCCAGGAGGCCCAAAAGACCACGAACCAUCCUGACCACUCAACAGAGACGGGCCUUCAAGGCCUCCUUUGAGGUGUCCUCAAAACCCUGCAGAAAGGUGAGGGAGACGCUGGCUGCAGAGACGGGACUCAGUGUUCGGGUGGUGCAGGUGUGGUUUCAGAACCAGAGAGCUAAGAUGAAGAAGUUGGCAAGAAGACAGCAGCAACAACAAGAACAACAGAAUUCUCAGAGACUUGGCCAAGAGGUGAUGUCCAAUCGGAUGGAGGGGAUGAUGAACUCCUUCACACCGCUGGCUCCGCCGCAGCAGCAGCUGGUCGCCAUGGAUCAGAACGGUUACAGUACAGACCCGUUCCAACAGGGACUCACCCCCCCACAGAUGCCCGGGGACCACAUGAACCCAUAUGGUAAUGAUUCUGCAUUCCAUGACAUAGACAGCGACACGUCUUUAACCAGCCUCAGCGACUGCUUCAUGGCAUCGUCGGAUGUCAACUCCAUGCAGGCCCGCGUGGGGAACCCCAUCGACCGCCUCUACUCCAUGCAGAACUCUUACUUUGCAUCAUGAAAGAGAAGAGUGAAGCCAAUCUUCAAAGAAUAAACUGCCCAUCUCAACCUGAAAGAGCGAUGGCCGGGAGUUUCCACACCAACACGGACACUACAGAAGAAACCUUGCAGUAACUCCUGGUUAUGUGCUGAAGCUUACUCAAAGAUAAAACCACUUGAUGUAGGACAGUGACGAUUCCUGGGGAAAAGACUUAAAUAUUGUUAGAGAUUAUUCAGUAGGAUUGCUUAUCUGUCACAGGAGAUAUUCGUCUUUUCUUUGGUCACGUAAAGAAAACAAGUAGAUACUGAAGCCACUGAUUACACUCUCUCAAGCCAAAUGACACAGUGAAUUUAUACAGUGCAUGAUCAAUUGUAAACUAAAACUUUUGGUAAGCCCCGCCCCUUGGUUAAGAUGUGGUGCUUGGACUGUUUCUUCUUUACACUACAUGGAUUUCCAUGUUCACCGUUAGCAUUUUGAUCACUUUCAAUAGGUUUAGAUAUUGUGUUAAUAGUAAAUAGGUGCAGCAUGUCUGCAAGAGUGGCUGUACAUUUGUGUGUGUAUGAGAGUUUGUGGUGAGAAAGGAUUGUUUAGAGGAGAGAAAAAAAGGAGGAUUUGUUGGACAAGUAGGAUCAGUGAAGUGUAAAUACUUUCCCCAGGCAAAUUGGAUGUGCAUGUUACAAAAUGGAAAGCAUUCUAUUUAUUUAACUAUAACAGGCUCUUGAAGGUGCAUAUUAAACAUGAAAAGCUUUAUUUAAAAAAAGGAGAGCAUUUUUUUUCGUUGAGCAAUUAGUGAGUUCUUGAGUAUCUCAACUCAUCUGUAUGCCUUUUUAAUAUGAAGAUUAACCCUUUUGUUUCGUUUCUUCUUCAGCCAAGCUGUAAAUGAGCAAUGUUGCUAUUUAUUUCGUACAGACCAUAAACCUUUUGUUGUCAUUGUCAUAUGUGCAUUCUCAAAAUGUUAAAGUUGCUAAAUGACCAAAGUUGACUGGUUUGAUGAAUAAACAAUGUCUUUCUCCUGAUAACAUUAAAUAAAUGCCAUUCAGUGAUCAUUCUAAUGGUAACAUGUUGAAGUCCCAAA